GAUGGUGCAGUGGCUGCGAUCAAGACACUAGCCGUGGAUACCGUUAAGUUGAUCGUCAGGUACACGUCAAAGAGUCGCCCUAACAAGUUUGGUCUCCCUACUCUGAAGUGAAAACGCAAUCCCCGAUUUGGUAGUGGUUGCUUCGUACCUAUUCCAUCAGACUCGAUGGAGAACCAGCCGUGCCCCCUCAAGGAUUGUCCUUUCUCCAAAGAGGACCAUCUGGUCACUGCCACGUUUGUAGUCUUCACCGCAGCUCACGUGGUCUACGAUGCUGACGAGGCGGUGGUCACCUCCGUGGAAUUUUUUUAUGACGAUGAUAAAGAUAGGUCAGAGGUGGUGACCGCUCAAGCUGUUCAACUUGGGUAUGCUGAUGAGGGGGCGGACACGACCUGUUUGAAGUGCAUCUGUCACGACUUAGCCCUUUUCCACAAAAUGAAAAGUCGCAGGAUGUACGGGAAAGAUGUGAAGUGGAGCAUGUCGGUUCCCAUAGCUGUUCUGAUUUCCCAUCCCCAUGGUUGCUCUAAGCAGAUAUCUGUCGGGGAUCUGGUAGAUAGGAAGGAGCUGGAUCCCGUUCAGGGUCUGUCGUUUUUAAAGCCGUCUUUUAAAGAUGGAGAAGAAUUUAAAGCAAUGAAGAAUGCUAGUGCAGAUGCGAAGAAAUGUCUGACUGUUUUUCUGGACACAGUUUUCAAGAAACGCUAUGGAGAAAAUAUAAAAGGUGGUGACGAGAAAACGAAGGUCAAAAACACUGUGUUCCGGUUGAUUCUGAAAGAGCUUAGAACUGAGGGCUGCACUGUUCCCGUGUCCGAGUCGGAGAGGGAUUUCUGGGAGAAAGUCUUUGUACACACCAGUAUGGGAAUGGGAAGCUGGUCUUUAGGAUGUGAUAGGAGUUGGGUGUCUGGGGUGAUGGCUGCAUUUCAUUUUCUAACGAUGUUAAAUUUUAUUAAUGCUUUCGAAAAAGCGAUUAGUUUUGAGUCCAUGGAGAAAGAUGGCCUUGUUGGCUAUGAGUUUUUGCGUGAGCUGUCUGGGGU